AUGUCGAGUACUCAACAGAAACCAAAGAAAGUGCCGUACAUCCGGCUAGGUAAUUCGGGCUUGAAGGUAUCGCGGAUCAUCCUGGGAUGUGGGCCGUACGGGAGCUCCAAGUGGUUGGACUGGGUUAUCAGUAAUGAGGACGAGGUGGCUAAGCACAUCCAGACAGCUUAUGAUCUUGGCAUCAAUACGUUCGAUACAGCAGAUAUAUAUUCGAACGGGUUGUCCGAGGUAUUGCUGGGGAAGAUGAUCAAGAGACUUGGUCUUCCCCGCGACGAGAUUGUCGUCAUGACUAAAGUUUGGGGCGCGGUGGCGAAGGACUAUGACACCAAUCUUUCCGCCACCGCGUCCACAUCACCGCCCCAUCCUGAUACGAUAGGUUAUGUGAAUCAGCACGGUCUGAGCCGCAAGCAUAUCUUUGACGCGGUGAAGCACAGCCUCGAGAGGUUACAGACGGACUACAUUGAUGUUCUACAAUGUCAUCGAUUCGAUUAUGAUACUCCUAUCGAGGAAACAAUGCAAGCACUUCAUGAUAUCGUGAAGGCCGGAUAUGUCAGGUAUAUAGGAAUGAGCUCCUGUUACGCUUAUCAAUUCCAGGCCAUGCAAAAUUACGCCAUCACGAACAAAUUAACGCCGUUUGUUGUGAUGCAGAAUCACUAUACUCUCCUAUAUCGUGAAGAGGAACGGGAAAUGUAUCCAACGCUCAAGCGUCGGAUCGAUAAUUUGGUCUCCCCUGUCUAUGGGUCUGCUGGCUAG